CCUUGUGCACCCCUGAGGGGUCACAAUCCCCAGUUUGAGAACCCCUGGCCUAGAAUAGCUGCAGGGCUAGGUUCCCCCACGGGAGGAGGAGAGGGUGUAGGGGAAGGAGAGAGGCCCCCUGGGGCAGCCCCCCUCAGGCAGGGAGCCUGCAGGGCUUCGGGGACAGCGGGGAUGGGAGCAGCUGGAGGGGGGGGAGGGUUGGGGUGAUCACAGUGGGGUGACAAGGGCUGUGGGAGUGGGGAGUUCAUUGUGAGGGCUGUCAGGCUGUGGGGUAAUAAGGGCUGUGGGGGGUUCGUCGUGAGGACUGUCAGACAGUGGGGCAACAAGGGCUGUGGGGGGGAUCAGGGGGUGAUCACAGUGGGAGCCAGCAGACAGUGGGGCUGUGCUGUUAUUUGCGGUAUGCCCCCAGAGUCCCCUGUACCUGGAGCAGGAACAGAGCUGCCAGAGCCCAGACACAGCCAGUACCAUUAUGCUGGGCACCACCAGACACUUUCUCCCAAGCAGCACCUCCCACAAUGGGCCCCUGAGAGAAGCCGCGGCACUGCAGUGUGGGGCUGACCCCACAGCCAGCGGGGCUGGAGCAGGCCUUGCCCAAUCGCCCCCCCCCAAAUACAUCACAAGAACGGGCCCUACCCUGGCUGCCAGUCUUACCACCUGCCCGCCACCUACAAACGCCCUGGGCUGAAUGUCCCUGUGGCGGUGCCUGUCUCUGCUGCUGCCAAUUUUAUGUGGAAAGGGGCAUCUGCCUCUGAGCCAGUGAUGGUCUGAGCCUCCUGCUAAACAGAGCCAGGCAGCUCGUCCUAGGCAGUGUGCAUGCCCGGUUUGUCACACCCCACCACCAUAGUACACACCGGGAAAUUGAGGCACAGAACGAGGCAGGGACUUGCCCAAGCUCAGAAUCAGGACAGAACCCAGUUCUCCUGACUCCCAGUUCCUGGCUCUACCCGCAAGAGCACGGAGCUUUUGUCUUUAGAAGGGAGGCAGCGACACAGUUGAGCCUGAGAGGCCAAAAGAGACAGGGAAUGGCUUCAGGGGAGCCACCCAGGGGCCUGGAGUAGGUGGAAUCUACCCCGUCUUUUCCUUCUGCCGCAUGGAUGAUGCCCACAUGACUGCCUAGCGCCCCAGCGUCUGGCUGGGUUGACGUGCCAGGCCCCAGAGCUGCACUGGGGACAGACCAGUUGUACUACAUCGAGUGGCCUGGAUGGUCCACAGAGACAUUCACGAGGAUGGGGGGGCAGUCUCCUUCCUGAUUGGUUGCCUGGGCAGUGGGGAGCAACCCCCAAAUCCCUGAUGCUCCAGCAGCCAAGCGCCUGCAUCUCACGGGCUCAGGAGGGCACCCCUGCCCAGUGUUUGGGCACCCCUAGCAGUACAGAGAGGAGAGGCCCUGUGGUCCCCCUUGCACUCCCCAUGGCUCUGUUAGCUCCAGCCCCGGGGUGCCGAGGUGGAUGGCUGGUGUCCCCUGGAGCGGAGCCAGUACCCUGAGGUGGGGAAGGGAAGAGCUCCAGGUGUUGUCAGGGUGGGAUCCCCUGUGGCUGUUUGUCCUUUUGCUUCACUCCCCAUUUGCUACCUCUCAGCACAAGGGUCCCCUGCCAGGUUUAGUGGCUGCACUUCCUGCCUGGUGAGGUCCCCCCUUAGCCCCCCAGGCUCGUCCCAGGGGGUCUCAUCCAUGUGACCCUGGGAGAGUGGAGGUCCCCCUACCCCCGCCUCCCCAGAGGACCAGGGAAGCUAGCAGAGUGGAGGAGUGUGAAUGAAAGUGGCACCUGUUCCUCUCCUGGUAAAAAUAGGCUGCACUGCCCUGGGAUGGGGGAUGUGCCAAGGGUGGUGACACAAAGAGCGGGACAGAGGAGGAUUGAGCCCAGAACCAGCCUGCCCCGUGGAGCAGCCAGCAGAGAUGGAGGAACAGGAAGGUGCACCCAGGCCGACAGCAGAGGAGCCCGGGGCCACAGCUAAGGAGGCUGAAGCGGUGGCUGGAACUGGAGCCAAGGAGGUGGAUCGGGGUGGGGAUGGGCUGGGGGAGAAGGAGAGAGCAGGGAAUUCUGGGAGCAAUGCUAAGGGGGACAUUCAGGCUGGGGGAGCAGGGGAUUCUGAGAGUGAUGCUAAGGGGGGCGGUGAGGCCAGCAAAGCUGGGGAUUCUGGGAGCGAUGCAAAGGGAAGCGGUGAGGCUGGGGGAGCAAGGGAUUCUGGGAGUGAUGCUAAGGGAGGCGGUGAGGUCACCAGAGCAGAGGAUGCUGGGAGAGAUGCUAAGGGAAGUGGUGAGGCUAGGGGACCAGGGGAUUCUGGGAGUGAUGCUAAGGGAGGCGGAGAGGCCACCAGAGCAGGGGUUUCUGCGAGUGAUGCUAAGGGGGAUGGUGAGGCCGAGGGAGCAGGGGAUUCUGGGAGAGAUGCUAAGGGAGGUGGUGAGGCCGAGGGAGCAGGGGAUUCUGGGAGAGAUGCUAAGGGGGAUGGUGAGGCCGAGGGAGCAGGGGAUUCUGGGAGAGAUGCUAAGGGGGGUGGUGAGGCUGGGGGAGCAGGGGAUUCUGGGGCUGGGGCAGAGGAGAGGGCAGAGGGUGGAAAGAGGACUGGGGCAGAGGAGAGGGAGGCAGUAGGUGGGUCUGGGCUUGAGCCCCAGGAUGGGGCUGGAGGGGCUGAGCCAGAGAUGCAAGAGGCUGAAGCCGAGAGGACCAACGGUGCCGUGGCCAGAGAGGGGCAUGGUGGGAGCACCUCAGAGGAGCCGCUGUCCCCAGAGAUGGGGGGCGAGGAGGAGGCGUGGGAUGAGCCUGCACCCAGCUCCCCUGACGAGGGGCUGGCCAGCCCCACAGGGGACGCUGUCUUUGGGAAGGAGACUGGGGCCUCCCAACCGGGAGGCACCUCCCAAGGCCGAGAAGCCACUCCUGGUGGCAGCACCAGCACUGAAGGGACAGCCCAGCAGGACAGCAUGCAGAGCCCUGCACCUGAAGGAGUUGCACCUCCCAAGGAGAAGCCAAAGAGACCAGCGCUGGACCGGAGGGAGCUGACCCGACCCCGCCUGGCACCCAGGGCCCAGUCCCGCAAGGCCCUUGUGGAGAAAUUUGGGGGGGCAGCCAGCGGCUCUGCCCCCAACAUCAAGAAGACUGGAGGUGCCAAUGCCAUCAAGAACAUGCUGCUGGAGUGGUGUCGUGCCAAGACGCGUGGCUAUGAGCACGUGGACAUCCAGAACUUCUCCUCCAGCUGGAGCAGUGGCUUGGCCUUCUGCGCCCUCAUCCACAAGUUCUUCCCUGAUGCCUUUGACUACACGGCCCUCGACCCGGCCAAUCGCAGGGAGAACUUUGCCCUGGCUUUUGCCACUGCUGAGAAGCAUGCCGACUGCGCCCCACUGCUGGAGGUGGAGGACAUGGUGCGCAUGAGCGUCCCGGACUCCAAGUGCAUCUACACCUACGUCCAGGAGCUGUACCGCAGCCUGGUGGACAAGGGGCUGGUGAAGACCAAGAAGAAAUGAGGUCUGUCCUGGGGCUCUUCCCCAAUGUGGCAUCUCCUCCGCUGGUAACUCUCCUCAGCCAUCUCCUGCCUGCCCCCUUCCCCACAACUCACAUGUGCACGCAAGACCCUGGCAGAUCCAGUAAAGCAGAACGGCUCCAAGCUCAGGCAGA